AUCUGUGACGUCAUUGCAAAUCCGUUGUUGUUGCAGAUGUUCAUGUUGUGUCUUUUUGACUGAAUGUUUUUUUCUGUAUUACAAAGAGUGGUUAACUUUUAACCGAUUUUGACUUAAUUGUCAUUAUCAUUUAAAGAAGUUUUUCUUUAUUUUUUAUUUGUUUUUAAUAUUAUUUAAGUGAAACUAGACGUUAUUUUCAAUCAGACCAAUCUUAAAACAUUACCGGUUUUGACAUUAGUAACUGAUUUGUCAUAGUUGUGAAUAUGUCUGCAAACACUGAUGCAAGUGAAGCUGCUAGCCAGGUAAGCGAAGAAAACCCUUCUGAAAAUCAGAUGAAAGAGGCCGAAAAGAGCGAAGAGGCCAAACUACGUGCUAAGUAUCCCCAAGUUCUUCGACCUGGUGGUUCUGUUUUUCUCCAGAAACGAUUACAAAAAGGACAAAAGUACUUUGAUUCUGGUGAUUAUAACAUGGCCAAAGCUAGAGGUAAUGCAAGGCCAGCAGUGCCUGUUGUGGCACAGCAAGCUGGAAUCGCGGCACCCGUAGGUAAUGCUAUACCAACUCCGGAAGAUUUGCCUGCACGUAAAACUUCUAUAGUGCAAAGCAAACUGGCCACCGAGCUGUCUUAGGCUGUGUUGUGCAGUACUGUUCUAUUUCUUUCAUACUUUUUUUUUAUUUUGAAAAGUCUUAUUUUUUGCAUACUUUUCCAUAUUCAUUGCAAGAAUAUCUGCACAUGUGUAAAACUCUGUGGCAUUUUUUUUUGUUGUUGUCAAAGCUGAAGCCAUCACUGAAGUUAGAUUUUGAUGAUCAAAAACUUCUCUUAUAAUUUAUAAGAGUACAAGUUAACAUAAAUAGUUGUGUGCAACCAUGUAUGCUAUUUGAGACAUUGGAAGUAGGGCAUUCAUCGUGCAGUGGAUAAAUUUAAGAACAUAAAACUAAAAUUUCUUUGUGAAGUGUAUUAAAAUUUCAAAGAUGAUGGAAUGUGAAGUGUUAGGAAUCAUGAUCUGUAAAAUUUAAUGUGUGAUUACUUGUGUGUAAAAAAUAUUGCUCCAACUUCUAAAGAAACUUGUGUUAAAACCAUUGUUGGAUUUGUACUCAUUAAUUUUAGUGCCAUUUUUUUUUCUCCCUUUCUUGUUUCAGAUUUAUUUAAAUUAAUUUUACAGCAAAGCAGUUACCAGUAAAUGUAAAUUAACUUUUAGUUUUGAUUCUUUGAUGUAUAUGAUGCUCACUAUUGUUUUUUAAAUUCAUUUUUAUAGUUGAAAUUUUUUUAAAUUGGUGUUGCUUGUAAUUUAAAAGAAAUGUAGAUACAGUCCUGUGUAAUAUCUAAAAAUGGAAUUGUGUGAAGCGAUAAAGAAAAUAAGUCAUA